AUGGUGUCAGCAAUACAGCAAGCUGAGAAGCAGGCGGAGGAUCAGUUGGCCCAGGAUGCGGACAAGAUUGAGUCACUUCUCAGUCAGAUGUCAGACAAAAUCUCGAACUCGUCAAAGCCCAAAGUCGAGAGUCAUUGGCCAAGUUUCAGCGUCAUCCUUUUCGUGGCUUUGUUGAUUCUUGCUGUGUACUUCUAUUUCCAGAGCGAAGAUGGCCGGAAGGCCUGGCUGAAGCUGCGCAUGAUGCUCAACAAUGGAAGGCCUUUUCUCAAGAGAGGUCUUGAUGUGCCAUUCAGUGGAGAAGAGGUUCCUCUAUAA